AUGUCUCUAACGGCAUCUGCGGCCACAACACUGUGGACAGUACUCGGCGAUAACUCAAACGAGGGAGGAGAGCACCGAUGGGAAGACCAGACCAAACAGCAACGUGAUCUGUACACCCAAUUUGUGCUCAGUUUUGCCCUUGGGUUGGGUGCUUUUUUGUCGUUCUGUGUUCUACGACCGAAAUGGACGGAACUCUAUGCUGCACGGCGAAAACAGAGGUCUUCCGCUUCGCGAUUGCCGGAAUUGCCGGAUAGCUUGUUUGGAUGGAUUCCUGUUCUACAUCGCAUUACCGAUGAGGAGGUGUUGCAGUCGGCUGGUUUAGAUGCAUACGUAUUUCUGUCCUUCUUCAAAUUUGCGAUUCGACUCCUUCUUUACGUUUUUGUCUUCGCGGUGGCUAUCAUCCUACCGGUGCACUACCAUUAUACCGGCCAAUAUGGGCCUCCUGGCUGGGAUAACGAUGCCAACCCACCUGUUAACAAUUCUAUGAAUGCAAUCGGAGCGCUUGGGAAGGGUGAUAAGGACCCAGUGCUUGACCCGGCCUACUUGUGGAUAUAUGUCGUGUUUCCCUAUGUGUUCAGCGGUUUGGCUAUCUACCUGCUCCUUCAGGAAACGAAUGAGAUCAUCCACACUCGACAAACGUAUCUCGGAAGUCAAACAAGCACAACAGACCGGACAGUUCGGUUAUCGGGGAUUCCCCCUGAAUUGAAGACCGAGGAUGAUAUCAAAUGCUUUGUGGAGGGGAUACAUGUUGGCAAGGUUGAGAGUGUUACUUUGUGCCGCAAAUGGCGGGAACUGGAUGAAUUGAUUGAUGAACGGAUGAAAAUUAUCCGAGGUUUAGAACGCGCAUGGACAAAGCAUAUGGGAUACAAGCGUCCACGCAGUGAUGGGAACACCCUGCCACUAACUCGCCAACCGCCAGUUAGUUCAAAUCGGCCUCUGGAUGAUGAAGAUGAACGGUCUCAAUUACUGUCAGGCGAAAAUUCCCAUGUCUCCGGCUACGCCAACGAACGGCCUCGAGUCCGUGUGUGGUACGGUCCAAUGAGGUUGCGGUUUCGAUCGAUCGAUGCCAUUAAUUACUAUGAAGAAAAGCUGCGCAAGAUCGAUGAAAAGAUUGAAAGUGCUCGAGAAAAAGAGUAUCCUCCCACUGAGAUCGCUUUCGUGACUAUGCAAUCUAUCGCCGCCUCACAGAUGCUAGUCCAGGCGAUCCUCGACCCACAUCCCAUGCAAAUGUUUGCUCGUCUUGCCCCAGCACCGGCUGAUGUCAUUUGGAAGAACACCUACGUCUCACGUAGCCGACGAAUGACCCAGUCUUGGUUUAUCACGGUUGUUAUCGGUUUCCUCACCGUUUUCUGGUCAGUUCUUCUGCUGCCAAUUGCUACUUUGCUGGACCUGCAGACGUUGCACAAGAUUGUGCCGUCUCUCGCAGAACUUCUCUCCGAACACCCCAUCGUAAAGUCCUUGGUUCAAACAGGUUUGCCUACAUUGGCAUUCUCUCUUUUAACCGUGGCAGUUCCAUAUCUCUAUGAAUGGCUCUCCAACAAUCAAGGAAUGAUGUCCCGUGGAGAUGUUGAAUUGUCUAUCAUCUCGAAGAACUUCUUCUUCUCCUUCUUCAACCUGUUCCUCCUCUUCACCGUCUUUGGAACAGCAUCUGGUUUCUAUGGUCUCUGGGAGCACCUGCGUGACGCCUUUAAAGAUGCCCAAACUGUUGCCUUGGCUUUGGCCACCUCGCUAGAAAGUCUGGCCCCAUUCUACAUCAAUCUGUUGAUGCUUCAAGGUCUGGGUCUGUUUCCUUUCAGACUCCUCGAGUUUGGCAGCGUCGCCCUGUACCCCUUGCGUUUCCUCGGGGCACGGACCCCCCGGGAAUAUGCGGAAUUGUCAACGCCUCCACAGUUCAGCUACGGUUUCUCCAUCCCGCAGACCAUCCUCAUUCUGAUCAUUUGUAUUGUCUACAGCGUGUUCCCCAGUUCCUGGCUCAUUUGCUGUUUCGGGCUAGUGUAUUUCGUCAUCGGCAAAUUCAUCUACAAGUACCAGUUGCUCUACGCGAUGGAUCACCAGCAACACUCGACAGGACGAGCUUGGCCUAUGAUCUGCAACCGAGUCUAUGUUGGCUUGGUCAUGUUCCAGCUGGCCAUGAUCGGUGUAUUGGCUCUCCGCCAGAGCAUCACUCGCCCAUUGCUCCUGGUGCCUCUGUUGGGUUUCACUGUGUGGUUCAGCUACUGGUUCUCGCGGACAUAUGAGCCGUUGAUGAAGUUCAUCGCUCUUAAAAGUAUUAACCGAGAGCAGCCCGGUGGCGGGGAGGUCUCUCCCUCUCCUUCUGCCACAUUCUCGCCGCCUUCUGGGUUGGAGCGCGAUGCGCUGCCUAUUCAGAUGGGUGGGCGAGAACUGGAGAACCGGUUAAAAAAGUACGUUCAUCCGAAUUUGAUCGUACCGCUGCAUGAUGCAUGGAUCCCGGGCCGCAAUCCUUAUGGCAACGGUCAAUAUUUGGAUCAAUCCAUUGAGUCGUUGAACAAUGUUUCCGUUUGA